ACUCUCCUCUCCGGCUCCAAUUGGCGCUCCGGAGAAAGCAGCGGGGUCGCGCCGCGCGUUCUCGCCAGGCUCGCGUUGAGCCCGGAGUUGGUGGGGGGGAAAGCGUCCACUCCAGAGGCAGGCGGACUGAAACAGGGGAGCUCUCCCGCCGGAAACAACUCCCACACUUGGAGCCACCUUUUCAAAAAAAAAAAAAAAAAAAAAAAAACAACAACGAGAGAACGGAAUGAGACUUGCUGCACCGGAGAUUUAUUUCACAAAGAAUUUUAAAAAAAAAAAAGGACAUUUUGGGGGAUUUGGAGUAUACCAACGUAAUUUGCUUUCCAUUUCUUUCUCGUAAAGACAAAACGCCCGGUAAUGGGGGGAUUUACGUCUGGAUUGUGCAGCACAGGAUAGAAGAUCUGACAAGCGAGGAGAGACCGCUUUCUGCCAAGAAGAGCUGCAAAACUGUUUCUCAUCCUUUCCAAGCUGCCACAGUCCAGUAUAUCAGCCCAUGAUUGGCUUUCCGGUGGCUAGGCUGCACAUCUAAGAUAAAGCACAGGAAAGUUGUAUGUUGGUCACUUGCACUCGCUCUCGAGGACCAUGUGGUUUUCGCCGAGGAGAAGUCGUACCCCCUUGCCGAACUUGAAUGGACCCCACAGUUGCCCCAGUAUCAUUUUGUAUUUGUGGGUAUUAACAUUUUCCUGGUGCUUUGUGGCAGGGAGAGGCCAAAGCUACCACCCCACCGUCAACACACAGUAUGGCAAACUCCGAGGAGUGAGGGUGCCUCUGCCCAGCGAGAUCCUCGGCCCAGUGGACCAAUACCUCGGGGUGCCGUACGCUACCUCCCCUGUGGGGGAAAAACGCUUCAUGCCCCCUGAGCCUCCAUCUUCAUGGUCAGGGAUCAAAAAUGCCACCCACUUUGCUCCAGUGUGCCCCCAAAAUAUUCACAACGCCGUACCAGAGAUCAUGAUGCCAAUAUGGUUCACCUACAACCUGGAUAUAGUUACCACUUACAUACAGGAUCAACACGAGGAUUGUCUUUAUCUUAACAUCUAUGUCCCGACAGAGGAUGUCAAAAGAAUAUCCAAGGAAUGUGCCAGGAAACCCAACAAGAAAAUGUGUAGAAAAGGAGGGGCCCAUGCAAAAAAACAGGGUGAGGAUUUAUCGGAUAACGACGGUGAUGAAGACGAAGACAUACGAGACACCGGGGCCAAGCCUGUGAUGGUCUACAUCCACGGGGGAUCCUACAUGGAGGGGACGGGCAACAUGAUUGAUGGCAGUGUCCUGGCGAGCUACGGGAAUGUCAUCGUUAUCACCCUCAACUACCGUGUUGGAGUUCUUGGCUUCCUCAGUACCGGGGACCAGGCUGCUAAAGGGAACUAUGGGCUGCUGGAUCAGAUUCAGGCUUUAAGGUGGAUCAGUGAGAACAUCGGCUUCUUUGGAGGAGAUUCUAACCGUAUCACUGUGUUCGGUUCUGGCAUCGGAGCUUCCUGCGUCAGUCUGCUAACCCUUUCCCACCACUCUGAAGGUCUCUUCCACCGAGCCAUCAUUCAGAGUGGUUCGGCGCUGUCCAGCUGGGCGGUGAAUUACCAGCCUGUCAAGUAUACACGUCUUCUAGCGGAGAAGGUGGGCUGUAAUGUCUUGGACACGUUAGACAUGGUGGACUGUCUGAGGAAGAAGAGCUCCAGGGAGCUUGUGGAGCAGGACAUACAACCCGCAAGGUACCACGUGUCUUUUGGACCCGUAAUCGAUGGCGACGUCAUUCCAGAUGACCCUGAGAUCCUUAUGGAGCAGGGUGAGUUCCUCAACUAUGAUAUAAUGCUGGGGGUCAACCAAGGCGAGGGGCUGCGCUUUGUGGAAAAUGUGGUGGACUCCGAGGACGGUGUCUCUGGAAAUGACUUUGACUUCUCUGUGUCUGACUUUGUGGACAGUCUUUACGGAUAUCCGGAGGGUAAAGACACUCUGAGAGAGACCAUUAAAUUCAUGUACACAGACUGGGCAGACAAGGAAAAUCCAGAAACCAGGCGCAAAACGUUGGUGGCUCUAUUUACCGACCACCAGUGGGUGGAGCCCUCUGUGGUAACGGCAGAUCUCCAUGCUCGCUAUGGCUCACCCACCUACUUUUAUGCCUUCUACCACCACUGCCAGAGCCUCAUGAAGCCUGCCUGGUCAGAUGCCGCUCAUGGGGAUGAGGUGCCGUAUGUUUUUGGAAUUCCGAUGAUCGGUCCGACUGACCUUUUCCCCUGCAACUUCUCAAAGAAUGAUGUCAUGCUCAGUGCUGUGGUAAUGACCUACUGGACCAACUUUGCCAAGACUGGAGAUCCCAACAAACCUGUUCCCCAGGACACAAAGUUCAUCCACACCAAGGCCAACCGUUUUGAGGAAGUUGCGUGGUCCAAGUACAACCCCCAGGACCAGCUGUACCUUCACAUCGGCCUCAAGCCACGGGUCCGCGACCACUACCGAGCCACCAAAGUGGCCUUCUGGAAGCACCUAGUGCCCCAUCUGUAUAAUCUUCACGACAUGUUCCACUACACCUCCACCACGACCAAAGUGCCGCCCCCGGACACAACGCAGAACACGCUGUCCACCAAGAGGCCCAACGGGAAGACCACCUGGCCCUUUAACACCAAGCGGCCGCCCAUGUCGCCGGCCUACAACAGCGAAGACAAAGACUCUUGGAGCGACGACAAGGAGUCUGGGCCUCUAGUGGUGGAGAACCCGCGGGAUUACUCGACAGAGCUCAGUGUCACCAUUGCAGUGGGGGCCUCUCUGCUUUUCCUCAAUGUACUAGCGUUCGCCGCCCUCUACUACCGCAAGGACAAGCGGCGGCAGGAGUCCAACCACGGCCAGCCCAGCCCGCAGCGCCAGACCACCGCCAACGACAUUGCGCACCACGCACCCGAGGAGGAGAUCAUGUCGCUGCAGAUGAACCAGACGCACCACGAGUGCGAGGCGGGGAACAGCAACGAGGGGGCGCUGCGUUUGGCCUCGCUACCCGAUUACACGCUCACUCUGCGGCGCUCUCCGGACGACAUCCCCCUCAUGACGCCCAACACCAUCACCAUGAUCCCGAAUUCCCUGGUGGGCAUGCCCAACCUGCACCCUUACAACACCUUCACGACAGGCUUCAACUCCACCGGCCUGCCACAUUCCCACUCGACCACGCGCGUAUAGCUUUAAGGAAACCGGAUGAGGAGGUGGACAGGCAGCGAUGCUGAUGGCGGGGAAGCAAACGAUUCAACACGGCGGAGCGGAGGAUUGUGUUUUAUAAAUACCACAGAGGGGGGGGAGGGCAGAUUAAAACGUGAAGAGAUUUAACGAGACUUUUUCUAUGAGGACAGUCGCUGAGAGCUCUCUAUGGAUGUGAAGUUG